AACAAAGUACAUACACACUUGAAGCACGAGCAGCCUCUCAGUUGCAGCCAAGCCAGCUGUGCAGCGAGAGAAGCACAGUGUGUGUGCAGCUGAGAGCAGGCGUCAGCGGAAUGGAUCCAAACAGCGAAAUUGGCAUGCAUCAAAGCGGACAUUUGGAUGAGGAGAUUUUACAACCAAUGGAAUAUGUGAAGAGAAAAACACUCCAGAGAUACAAGAUCAUCUGUGGUGUUCUGCUAAGUGCUUUGGUGGUUGUAUCUCUGGGACUAGGUCUGGGACUGGGACUAAACCGUGGAGCCCAGGAGCAAGUCAGCUGCAGACACAAGUGCAACGAGCCCUAUCGGAAAGAGGUAGCAGGCUGCCAGUGUGAUAGCAGCUGCGAGGAGCGUCAGGACUGCUGCUGGGACUAUGAAGAUGCCUGUGUGGAGCCAACUCGAUCCUGGAGUUGCACUAAUUUCCGUUGCGGUGAGACAAGAUUACCUGGAAGUUAUUGUUCUUGUUCUGAUGACUGUUUGCAGGAAAAUGACUGCUGUGUAAACUACAAUACUGUUUGCAAAGGUGAAAUACCUUGGGUAGAAGAACCAUGUAUUUCACUUGAAACUCCUCAGUGUCCAGCUGGAUUUGAUCUGCCACCACUUAUCCUUUUCUCAAUGGAUGGUUUUAGAGCAGAAUAUCUGCAAACAUGGAGUUCUUUGCUGCCAAAUAUUGAAAAACUCAAAACAUGUGGCACACAUUCAAAAUACAUGAGAGCUGCUUACCCCACAAAAACAUUUCCAAACCACUAUACUAUUGUCACAGGAUUGUAUCCAGAAUCUCAUGGUAUUAUUGAUAACAACAUUUAUGAUGUAGAUUUGAACAAGCAUUUCUCACUUUCAAGCACAGAAAAAUUUGAGCCUUCAUGGUGGAAGGGUCAGCCAAUAUGGCUGACAGCAAUGUACCAAGGUCUGAAAGCAGGCACCUUCUUCUGGCCAGGCUCUGAUGUUCCAAUUAAUGGUACAUACCCCAACUUUUUCUAUUUAUUCAACGGCUCAGUUGCAUAUGAAGAGAGAAUUUCAGGAAUACUAAAAUGGCUUGAUAAAACCAAAUCUGAGAGGCCUGAUUUCUACACUUUGUAUAUUGAAGAACCAGAUACUUCUGGACAUUCAUUUGGACCAGUUAGCGGUGGUGUAAUCAAAGCUUUACAGCUAGCAGAUCAAACGCUGGGAAUGCUAAUGGAGGGGCUUAAACAGAGAAACCUUCACAACUGUGUAAACCUCAUUGUUUUAGCUGAUCAUGGGAUGGAUAUGACCUACUGCAGCCAAUUAGAAUACAUGACAAAUUACUUCAGUGAGAUUAAUUUCUACAUAUAUGCUGGGCCUGCAGCUCGCAUUCGAGCACGCAUCGUUCCACAGAACUAUUAUACUUUUGACUCAGAAGGAAUUGUUAAAAACCUCACAUGCAAAAGGUCACCUCAACACUUUAAGCCCUAUCUGACACCUAACUUGCCGAAACGACUUCAUUAUGCUAACAACAUUCGUAUUGAUAAAGUUCAUCUUCUGGUGGAUCAACAGUGGCUGGCUGUGAGGGACAACAGUUACACAUUUUGUGAUCAGGGUAACCAUGGUUAUGACAAUGAAUUUAAAAGUAUGGAGGCUAUAUUCCUAGGAUAUGGCCCAAGCUUUAAAGAAAAAACAGAAGUGGAUGCUUUUGAAAACAUAGAGGUUUACAACCUUAUGUGUGAUCUGCUGCAAAUUACACCAGCACCAAACAAUGGCACACAUGGUAGCUUAAAUCAUCUGCUAAAAAAACCUUUUUACAGCCCUUCAUAUGCAAAAGAAGAGUCAUCUCCUGUUUCAUGUCCGGUUUCCCAUCUGACUCCUGUAGAUGAACUGGAAUGCACAUGCCAGGGUGUGACAAAUGCUUCAGUAAUUAACGAGAGGUUAAAUCUCACCACAGAUGAAAUAAAGAAUGCAACUUUAUAUAAUUUGCCAUAUGGGAGACCUCAAGUUCUUCAGAAAGAAAGCACCUACUGCCUCCUUCCCCAUCAUCAGUAUGUGAGUGGAUACAGUCAUGAUAUCUGGAUGCCACUAUGGACUGCGUACACUGUGACUAAUCCUGAAAGCACAUCUUCUCUUCCUCCCACUGUUUCAGACUGUCUGCGGGCUGAUGUUAGAAUCCCCGUUGCUCAUAGCCAAAAUUGUUCCAACUACCCAGAAGGGCUGGACUUGACCUAUGGUUUCCUCUACCCUCCCAAUUUCAAUUCAUCUGCACUUGAACAAUAUGAUGCCUUACUCACCAGCAACAUUGUUCCCAUGUAUAGAGCUUUUAAAGACAUAUGGGACUAUUUCCAUGAUGAACUUCUUCUGAAGUAUGCUAGAGAAAGGAAUGGAGUAAAUGUUAUCAGUGGACCAGUGUUUGAUUACAAUUAUGAUGGCCAUUUUGAUACUCUUGAUGAAAUUACACAGCAUGUAAACAACACACAAAUCCCUGUCCCAACCCAUUACUUUGUGAUUCUGACCAGCUGCAAGAACACAUCCUAUACUCCACUGAACUGUGCAGGCUCCUUGGAUGCUUUGUCCUUCAUCAUUCCUCAUCGACCUGACAAUACUGAAAGCUGCGCUGAUAACAGGUCGCCUUCUGAAUGGGUUGAAGAAAGAGUUCAGGCCCAUUCCGCUCGUGUUCGGGAUGUGGAGCUGCUCACUGGACUUGACUUUUACCAGGAAAGACAGGAAUCUGUCUCUGAGAUCUUACAGCUAAAGACAUUUUUGCCAACAUUUGAGACUGAAAUCAACUGAAUUUCUGUUUAAAAAGUGCCAGUAUUUGGAAGGAAGAAAAUCAAAAUGAUUUAACUUUUACCUGAGUAAAUAUGAGGGAAAUGUAACUACGGCACCUCAUCAAGAAAAGACACAUGCACAGCUAAUUUCUUUUCUUUUCUUUUCUUUUCUUUUCUUUUCUUUUCUUUUCUUUUCUUUUCUUUUCUUUUCUUUUCUUUUCUUUUCUUUUCUUUUCUUUUCUUUUCUUUUCUUUUCUUUUCUUUUCUUUUCUUUUCUUUUCUUUUCUUUUCUUUUCUUUUCUUUUCUUUUCUUUUCUUUUCUUUUCUUUCACAUUUCUGUUCCUUCAGUCAAGUGUUUUGUAUAAACUGAAUAAAAAAAUUAACUAAAGUUAUUUAAGUCAUCUUGCUAAGCCAAAAUUUCAAAGCAGAAUAUUUUAAUGUUAAUGAAUGGACAAAAAAACCCCAACAACCCAAUGCUUGUAGCAUGAACAUGUGUAAUGUGUCGUUACUAAGCCAGAUUUUCUAAAUAGAUAAUAUUUUAAUGGUUUUAAAAACAACAACAACGACAAAAACUGUAACAAGAACAUAUUUUUUCGUAGUAGACCCAGAAUCGUCUACUGUAUAGAAAAUGUUCCUAGAAUAGAAUUGGAAAGUGAAACACUUUGGGAGGAAUGUUUGUGUUUUUUCCCAUGUGUUUAUCAGUGAAGUUAAGGUUAUCUCAUGCUUGUAUGCUCUGGAAUGUUCUGAAUUGCUUUUUCUCAUCUAUUAAUCCACAUGGAUACUGCCGUGUACUUAAAAAACAUUUAGACUGACACAAAGUCUACAUGUAAUGGAAAUGUCUUCUAUGAUUAUCCACUGCCUUUUCCACUCAUGUUAGUAAGUGGAAUUAUGCUAGUAAGAGCUGAAGUGAAAUUAGAGCAAUUGAUCUGUGCAUUCUUUACCCUUUAGAAAUCUUAGAGAACAAGAAAAGGUAAAAGAAAUGCUCUAUCCUGAAGGGUUUUGUCUUGAUAUCUAUCUGUAUUUGCAGUUUACUAUCUGUAUUUACAAUUUACUAUCUGUAUUUACAGAGUAGACUGCCAGGCAAUAACAAGAUAUUUGUGUUUAUUUUUAAAGAGUUAAACCUGAGACUAGAGCACAAAGUUAGUAGUGACAUGCAACAAAUAAUCAAUGUUCCCUUCUGCAGUGACUUUAUGGACACAGAAUCUCUACCUCAGACUGCACUCUACACAAAUUAAUGCUGUGUGCUGGUAAGUGGAGCAAGGCAGUGGAAAUUCCCAGAUCCUGCUAUUACAGAAUUACUUGCAUUUUGAGCUGAUUUUCUUCACUGGAAAUGCUGCUAAAUACAGGUGUGAAUAACAGCAUGUGAUUGACCAUUUGUCUGAUUUAUAGGUUCAGUAGGGCAGUUUUGAAGAAACAUGUUAAGAGUGUUUCAAUUUAUAAUUAAUUCUAGACUGAAUAUGUAUCCUUAAAAGAAGUUUUAGAAGACAAUUAAAAAAAAAAAAAGUCAAGAUCUGGGACCAAGGUGAAAAUCCAGGUUUGAGUCUUUGGUUAAGUCAUUGCACCAUCUUUAAUAUGGAAUUGUACUUCAUUCAGCAGUGCAGAGGCAUCUAGGUCUGUCCAACAAAUUCAGAGACUGCUAUUAAACUACAAUGAAGAAUGUAACUGAUUUUUCACUCCACUGUAAAUCAUAUUCUGAAUGAAUCUAGAUAACACACAAUGAUUGGGGUAUGUAAUGUAACUAUCCUAGAGUCAUAGAGCACAUUUGUGAGGUGAAGAGAAACAGAGUUUCUUAAGUUAAUGAUAUUUGGUAUGUCUACAUUAGCAGUUUAAAUAGAACUAGUUUGAUGUAACACUGUUGUGAGUUGGUAUAUUUAAAUCCAGAUUAACCACUGUCUCACCAGCCGAGCUUCAGACCGCUCUAGCUCAAUCAUGAAAGCAAAAUUCCAGGCUUUAUGGACUGUUAGGUCUCAGUUAUGUCUAUCUGUAAUGACAUUAGCGAUGAAAUAUUGCAUUAAAGAUUACCCAAACUUCUGAAAA